GUGAGAGAGUGCUUUAGAGAGAGAGCGAGUCCUACUCUCUCUUUCAUUCCCUGUUUACUCCAUUAAACUAUACUUACAUUUAUAAUUGUAGAGAGAGAAACAAGGCCAGUUUGUUUGACUUAGCCCAGCCUAGCCGGCAAGCCGACUUCUCCAUCUCUUCAUAUCUGCAUACAUGUAAUGUAAAUCACAUUACAUGAAUGUCUACUUAGAUAUAUAUAAAUAUAUUUUGCAUAAGCGCGUAAGAGGGGUCAAAAGUAACAAAGAAAGCUGAAUUCUUUGUUUAACUGCUAAGCUUUAUCAAUCAACAUCCGGCCCAGAUAAUAAAGCUAUCAAAGAUCAAAUCUUUAACUCACUAUUAUCUCAUCUCUUCUCUUUAAGGUACUAAUUACCCCUUUGAUCUGCUUUGUUUCUGCUUUUUUCAUUCAUUUAUUACAUGGGUUUUGACACAAUUUUGCAAUUGAGCUUGUAAGUCUUAGGGGGUGUUUGUCAGUUUUGGUGAUUUGUUUCAUUCAUUUUUUAGAUGGGUUUUGUAGAAUUUUAUGCUUAAGAUUGUAAAUCUUGGUGGGGUUUAUCAAUUUUGAUGAUUUCUUUGUACUUAGCUUAGUACACGAUUAUGUUGUCCAAGUUUUGUUAGUGUUUUUGUAAUAUAUACAUAGAUAUAUAGAUUGUGAAGUAGGGAUUUUUGGUGAUGGGAUGUGUUUGUGGUAAGCCCUCUUCUGGUGAGGAAGGUGGGGGUGGGAGACGAAGCCCGAAAGCGAGACAAGCAGUGAAUAAAGGAGCAUCAGCAGUUGUGUCUAGAGGGAAUUCUGGCAAGAGGGUGGAGAGUUUUAGAGCUAAAGAUAGGAAGGAUAAUGGUGAUGUGAGAGUUGGUUUGGUUGAUAAUAAGAGAACUAAUAGUUCGAGGAGGGUGCGUGAUGAACAGUCUGAGAAGAAAAAGACUCAACUUGUUGAUCCCAGAAGUAUUGUUAAUGCUGCAGAAGGGGAACUGAUUGCAGCUGGUUGGCCUUCUUGGCUUGCUGGAGUCGCUGGUGAAUCUAUAAAGGGAUGGGUUCCACGCCGAGCAGAUACUUUUGAGAAACUUGAUAAGAUUGGCCAAGGUACUUAUAGUAGUGUAUACAAGGCUCGUGAUCUAAUACAUAAGAAAGUUGUUGCUCUAAAAAGAGUGCGGUUUGAUAAUUUAGAUCGUGAAAGUGUCAAGUUUAUGGCUAGGGAAAUCCUUAUCUUAAGGAGGCUGGAUCAUCCCAAUAUUAUUAAACUGGAGGGAUUAGUCACUUCCCGGACAUCUUCCAGUUUGUACCUUGUUUUUGAGUACAUGGAACAUGAUCUUACAGGACUUGCUUCCCUUCCUGGUGUAAAGUUUACUGAACCACAGGUUAAAUGCUACAUGCAGCAACUUUUAAGCGGGCUUAAACAUUGUCACAGUCAUGGUGUCCUGCAUCGUGACAUAAAGGGUUCAAAUCUUUUAAUAGACAAUAACGGCAUUCUGAAAAUUGCUGACUUUGGCUUAGCCAGCUUUUUUGAGCACCAUCAGAGUGCACCAUUAACUAGUCAUGUUGUGACUCUUUGGUAUCGACCACCAGAAUUAUUGCUUGGAGCCACCUAUUAUGGUGUUGCAGUUGAUCUUUGGAGUAGUGGGUGCAUUCUUGGUGAACUGUAUGCCGGCAAGCCUAUCAUGCCUGGAAGAACAGAGGUGGAGCAAUUGCAUAAAAUAUUUAAACUUUGUGGCUCACCAUCCGAGGAUUAUUGGAAAAAGUCCAAGCUCCACAAAACAACGGUGUUCAAGCCUCUACAGCCCUACAGGAGACGUCUAGCUGAAACAUUUAAAGAUUUUCCUGAUGCUGCUGUGGGGCUUAUGGAGACCUUACUUGCAAUAGAUCCUGCUCAUAGAGGGACUGCAGCUUUUGCACUUGAGAGUGAGUUCUUUACAAUAAAACCACAUGCAUGUGAUCCUACAAGUUUGCCCAAAUAUCCUCCCAGCAAAGAGAUUGAUGCAAAAUUGCGCGAUGAAGAAGCACGGAGGCAAGGAGCAGGACUUAAGGGCCAUAAUGUAGACCGGGAAAUGAGAGGAUCAAACGAUUCUCGGGCUAUUCCUAACCCUGAUGCUAAUGCCGAGUUAGCCAUGUCAUUGCAGAAAAGAGGACGUUCGAAUCCAAAGACCCGAAGUGAGCAAUUCAACCGCCACAAGGACGAAGUUGCUUCUGGUUUUCCUAUUGAUCCACCUAGACAGAGUCAAGCUUUAAAAGAAGUUAGAAGAGAACAGAUGGAACAGCCUCCAAAUAGAGCAUCAUAUUCAGGUCCACUGGUUCCAGGUGUUGGAUGGACCAAGGCUGCAAGGAAAUACGAUGAAGUCUCUGUUGUUUCAACCAGGACCAAUUUAUCUACACUAUCUGGUUUAGUAGCAUCGAGGACAUUGACAAGUGAAGAUGCCCGAGAUAAAUACUUUCCCUCGCAUCAAGUAGCAGAUCAAGCGGGAAGGGUAUCAGAAUCAUUUGACAAAUUGGGGAGUUCGAGGAAUCAAGAUAUGAAGGUUCAAACCCAGGGAAUCACUAGUACUCAUCAGAUGGAAAAUUUAAGAGGCAGCACGAAAGAAUCAGUUAUGAAUGGUCAGGGUUUCAAGGGAAAAGGAAACAAGAUCCAUUUCUCGGGUCCUUUGCUAGUUCCAUCAAACAAUGUUGAUCAGAUGCUUAAAGAUCAUGACCGCCAGAUUCAGGAAGCAGCUCGACGAGCAAGAAUUGAGAAGGCGAGAGUUAAUAAUGUUCAACGGCAAGGACAACAGAUAACGCCUAACCCAAUGUAUGUUGCCAAUCACGGAGCUAGGUAAUCGAGUUACGUACAAGGAGAGAGAGCGAAGCAGCUCUCCCCCACUAAGAUAGUAGAUCCAUGUAUAGUACUGUGCAUAUAAAAUUUAUUCACAACGAAUAAAUGUUCAUGUUUUGAUGUUGAAAUUCCAAGAAUAAAUAUAUGAAGAGAUUCACAAGCACAAUUGGAUGAUAACCAAAUAUAUACAUUCCAUGCUUAACGUUUU